AUGGCAACUAAUUUCCCUCCUCAGAAAAAGCGCCGUAUUGGCGUCAUGACCAGCGGAGGUGACUCUCCUGGCAUGAACGGUGCUGUCAGAGCCGUAGUCCGCAUGUCAAUUCACAUGGGCUGUGAAUCAUAUGCAAUCUACGAAGGCUAUGAAGGCCUGGUACAAGGAGGAGAUCUGAUUAAAGAGAUGAAGUGGGAAGAUGUCCGCGGUUAUCUCUCUCGCGGAGGAACAUUAAUUGGCACUGCAAGAUGUAUGGCCUUUAUGGAGCGUUGGGGUCGUCUCAAGGCCGCCAAGAACAUGGUUAACACCGGCAUUGAUGCCCUGGUCAUCUGUGGUGGUGAUGGAAGUUUGACUGGUGCAGACAAGUUCAGGUCUGAGUGGCCUAGCCUGCUAAAGGAAUUGGUUGAGACUGGAGAGUUGACACAGGCCGAGAUUGAGCCAUACAAACAUCUGAACAUCGUCGGUCUUGUCGGCUCCAUCGAUAACGAUAUGUCAGGCACGGAUGCCACCAUCGGCUGCUAUUCCUCUCUCGAACGCAUUUGCUCUGCGGUUGAUGAUGUCUUUGAUACUGCCGCUUCGCAUCAGCGGGGAUUUGUUAUUGAAGUCAUGGGACGGCAUUGCGGUUGGCUGGCCCUGAUGGCCUCCAUAGCGACCGGGGCCGAUUUUGUUUUCAUUCCGGAAAAGCCACCCAGAGUCGGCUGGGAAGGUCAAAUGUGUGAUAUCAUUACCAAGCACAGGUCGCGAGGGAAGAGAAGGUCUAUCGUCAUCAUUGCAGAGGGCGCCCACGACAUAGAGUUGAAGAAAAUCACCGCCAACCAGGUUAAAGAUCUUCUUUCCGAGAGACUUAAGCUCGAUACCAGAGUUACGGUUCUAGGCCAUACACAACGUGGAGGUCAAGCAUGUGCUUAUGACCGUUGGUUGUCCACAUUACAAGGUGUUGAAGCUGUAAAUGCCGUCUUGGAAGCUACGCCUGAGACUCCCACGCCAGUCAUUACCAUUCGCGAGAACAAAAUCGAGAGAUCCAACCUCAUGGAAGCGGUGGCAUUGACCAAAUCAGUCACCUCAGCCAUCAAAGCCAAGGAUUUCGACAAGGCAAUGCAACUACGCGAUGUAGAAUUCAAGGAGUAUUACAACAGCUAUAUGAUCACCACUUCGACCGACCACCCUAAACUGCGACUCCCAGAGGGGCAAAGGCUUAGGAUUGCCAUUAUACACGUCGGCGCUCCAGCCGGUGGCAUGAACCCGGCGACCAGAGCAGCAGUCGCUUAUUGCUUGACCAGAGGUCAUACCCCUCUCGCCAUCCACAAUGGCUUCCCUGGCCUCCAACGACAUCACGACGACAAGCCAAUUGGGUCGGUCCGCGUCUGCAAGUGGCUUGACGUUGAUCCUUGGGUCAAUGAAGGUGGUUCGGAAAUUGGUACAAACCGGGGACUCCCCAGUACAGACCUAAAGAAGACAGCUGAAUGCUUUGAGCUAUACAAAUUUGACGCCCUCCUCCUGAUCGGCGGAUUCGAAGCAUUUACUGCUGCCAGUGAACUCAGAAAAGGGAGAGCUCAGUACCCUGCGUUCAAGAUCCCAUUGGUCGUCUUGCCGGCCACCGUCUCCAAUAAUGUCCCUGGCACGGAGUAUUCUCUUGGCAGCGAUACCUGUCUGAACACUCUGAUCUCAUUCUGUGAUGCAAUUCGACAAUCAGCUUCGUCCUCAAGAAGGCGAGUCUUUGUUAUCGAAACACAGGGUGGACGGUCUGGCUACCUCGCGACAAUGGCAGGGCUUUCAGUUGGUGCGCUCGCCGUCUAUAUUCCCGAAGAGGGCAUCAAUAUUCACAUGCUCGCACGAGACAUUGAAUUCUUACGCGAGAAUUUCGCUAACGAUCAAGGUGCUUCGCGAGCUGGCAAGAUUAUCCUUCGAAACGAACGAGCUAGUACAACAUAUACAACACAGGUAAUUGCCGAUAUGAUCAAAGAGGAGGCUCGUGGACGUUUUGAAUCUCGAUCUGCUGUACCUGGCCACUAUCAACAAGGUGGAAAACCAUCGCCUAUGGACCGGAUAAGAGCCCUCCGGAUGGCGAUCAAGUGUAUGCAACAUAUUGAAGACCGCUUCAUUGGUAAGUCUCCCAGCGAAGUUGAGAAUGAUCCGCUGUCCGCUGCGGUCAUUGGGAUCCAGGGGUCAGAAGUAGUCUUCACACCGCUGGGUGGACCGACUGGCCUGGAAGCAACAGGCACGGACUGGGAAGAUAGGCGUCCCAAAAAUGAAUUCUGGAUGUCGAUGAAGAGUACGGUCGACAUUCUCAGUGGUCGGCCAAAGACUUCGGAUUGUUGUGAGGACUGUGGCAAGCUGCUUUCUGGCGAACCCAUGAUCAAGAGACUUUCCAAGCAACUGACUAGAAAAGACCUGGCAACGGCUUGA